AAUGCUCAUUCUGCAUGCUCCCCCCUCCACCGCUAUUCUCGGCAACUUUCCUCUCAUCUCUCCUCCCUACUCCGGCGCCGGCGACAACCGUUUUCCUCCCCACACCGGCACGACGCAGAUAAAUCCGGUGACCUCGAGAAACCACAUCGUACAAAUGCAAAAACCAACCACGAUCAAAUUAAUUUCUUCUUUUCGGGAAUAUGAAAGAAGGCAACGGGCAAGAGGAAUUGCCAUCAUCACCAUACAGGGUAUUACAGCAAAUAUCUGAGGAAGCAGUAAGAGUGGCUGGUGAGGCACUGCAAAAUGUUUACUCUAGUAGUAGUUCAAAAUUUUCCACAACUGGGGUUGGGCAUAGAAGAAGUCGUAGUGAAAUAGUGACUUCUUCUGUUCAAAGAAGUGGCAGUAACUUCACGAAAUGGAAGUCUCAAAUGCAAAAGACUUUGCGAAAUUGGGGUUCUACUUCACAGGAAGACAGCUCGUUUUUAUCCUUCAAUCCUGAGGUUUUGGCUAACCAAAAGAGACAGUGGUAUCAGCUUCAUUCCAAAACCUCGGAUUAUAAGAAAUAUAAGGAGCUCGAUUCGAUUUUUGAGCACUUUGUUAUCGUCGGUCUUCAUCCAGAUGCUAAUCUUGAGGAUGUCGAGGAUGCAUUUGCCAGGAGAAAGAAAUGGGAAGUACAGUUAGAAACAUCUGACAUGGUGGAUUUCAGAAUGCUUUCAAAUUGUGGCCCUUCAGUUCCAUCUCUAGAACCUCAGGUACUCUUUAAAUAUCCUCCUGGAAAGAAGCUCGCUAUGCGUUUGAAGGAUUUGGCAGCAUUUUGCUUUCCUGGAGGUGUAAAGGCACAUGUGAUGGAAAGGACACCGUCAUUUAGUGAAUUAAAUGAACUGGUCUACGGGCAGGAGCAUUUAGGCAGAGAUGAUUCGUCGUUCGUAUUUUCUCUCAAGGUGGCAGACAAUGCUACCCUUUAUGGUGUAUGUUUACAUGUACCAGAAAUUGUUCAGAGACCACCAGCUAUCUAUGUUUCUUCAUCACCCCCUUCCCAGUCAUCAAUUGGUCGCAGUCGGUUUUUGGUUUCUGCACCUCGCUGUUAUUGUCUUUUGACUAGAUUUCCUUUAUUUGAAUUGCACUAUGAGAUGUUGAACAGUGUAAUUGCACAAGAGCGCCUAAAUAGGAUAACACAUUUUGUUAGUGAAAUAAAUCUCACUGAUUUUAUCCCCUCUGCAUCGAAAAUGAAUGAUGCAUCAAAUGCAAGCGUUGAUUCCUCUUAUAGGGAUGAUGAAGCAGAUUGGACAUCUUCUGCAAUACCAGUUGACAGUGCAAUUGCUCUUACUGCUGCUGCAGCUGGGAUAAUCUCAGACGAUGAGGUUCCCUCAUCAUCAUCAAAGUGGGAAGUUUCUUCACCUGUAAGUGUCACUGCCAGUGAGGCAUCAGAUCAUAGUCAAACAAGAGGAUUUGGUAAGGAUGGGGGAAGGAACAUCCUUUACGUUGAUGAUUGUGGCUCUGAAGCUUCAGAAAUUCGAUCUGAUACUACUGAAAGGGUUUAUGGAAUUCAAGACAAUUACCGAACCCCUGAGAGUGGGCCUUUUGUCUUCUCAAAACUCCAUUCAUUGGAGCGCCUUGGAAGCUUUGAAUCCUUAUUUAGUUCAGCAAGAAGUAUGGCAUCCGAGGAGGAAGAUGAUGACUUAUUUUUCAGCAAUGACAAGGAUGCCGGGUGUGAGAUGAUACUGGAGUGGGCUAGAGAGAAUAAGAAUGAUUUGCUGCAAAUAGUUUGUAGUUAUCAUUCCUUGUCUCUUCCACCACGAGGAAGUAAGAUCACUUUUCAGCCACUCGAACAUCUGCAGGCUAUUCAAUACGAGAGAAUUUCAGUUUGUGAACUCGGAAUUUGUGAGAAACAUCUGGGUACAAGUAUGAAUAAUCCAGAUGAUAUUGCAAAGGUAAAUUUCCAUUUAGCCGCUGCUGAGGAAGCUGUUGGACUAUCUAUAUGGACAGCCGCAACAAUAUGUCGUUCACUUUCAAUUGAGACUAUAUUGGCCUUAAUCACUGGUGUGCUUCUCGAAAAACAAGUGGUUAUUGUGUGCCCCAAUUUGGGUGUUCUAUCUGCUGUGGUGCUGUCUCUGAUUCCCAUUAUUCGCCCAUUUCAAUGGCAGAGUUUAUUCUUACCUAUUUUGCCUGGGAAGAUGCUGGAUUUUCUUGAUGCUCCCGUACCUUUCAUUGUUGGGCUGCAGCACAAACCAACUGAUUUGAAGAUGAGAAGUGCUAAUCUUGUCCGUGUUAAUGUAACCAAAGAUCAGAUAAAAUCUUGUUACUUGCCUCUACUUCCUAGACGUAAGCAGCUUCUAUCAGAACUGCGGCCAAUCCAUGCCAGAUUGUCACGUGAAGAAUCUGUUGCUCAACGGCGCCCUAUAUACAGAUGCAAUGAAGUACAGGCUGAAGCUGCAACACAAUUCUUGACUGUUAUGCGGCGCUAUUUGGAGUCUCUUUGUUCAGAUUUGAGGUCUCAUACAAUAACUAGUGUACAGUCAAACAGUGACCGGGUUUCAAUACUGUUAAAAGAUAGCUUUAUUGAUUCUUUUCCUGGUAGAGAUCAACCUUUUGUGAAGCAUUUUGUGGAUACACAACUUUUCACUGUUUUGUCAGAUGCUCGUCUUUCAAGCUAUGAGAACGAGUAGUACAUUUUGAAGAAAAGACGUGCUUGAACUAUUAGUAAUUUCAGACAAGAAUUGCAAGAGGAGAUGGGCACAGUACUGGACUAACU